GCCUGGGUGUAAUCCGACUUCUGCAUUGACGGUUCGUCACAUUUCACGCUGACAUCGAGCGAAUACCCGCCACGGUCCAUAUACACACACGGCUCUAAAUAUUAUCGACUGAUCGCAGUUUGGUAAUACAGUAGACAACGUAGCGUGUAUUUAAAGGUAAGUGACUGAGAAAACAUGGUAUAAUGGAACAACAAACGGGUAUUUUCUCAACGCCGAACGAAGAGAAAGAAAGAUUUUCUGGUGAGGAAACGAGGGAAUACAGAGAACGACAGACAAGAAAACGAGGAAACCACCAAAAGGAAAUGCCAAUCGCAGCCACGGGUCAACUGACGACUCAGGAACCCCGUAUUUUCUCCCGACUGCCCUCCACCCCGGAGCCUGUACCAAAAGGGGGUAAUUUAUGUGACGUUGCGGGGGCAGUAGCUGAGUCGCAGGAGCGAACAGAAUACGGGGGCGCCGAGGGGGGCAGGGGAGGACUAGUAGCCAGCUACAGUCAGACCAGCGGCGCUAGGGGCUUUCUGCCGCUUCGUUCUUCCAACUCCAACGGUUCUCCUCCGCAAUCCCCUCCCACGUCCUCCCCCCUUGCCUCAUCUUUCUUCCAUCACCACCCCUAUCAAAUGGCCAUGGAGCCGCCCAGGACUCGAUCGCGUUCUCGGUCUGGAUUCUACCAGCAGUAUGGUGCGACCGGCCCCGGGAUUAAUGCCAACGGGGGAACCGGACCUAACCACCAUCACCACCAUCACCACAGCCAGCAGCAGCAGCAUCAUCAUCAUCAACAGCAGCACAACUCGGGUUGCUCACCCCUUGGAGCUCACAGCCACCACACGGAGCAGCACAGCAUACGAGCCCUGGGAUCUAACGUCUCCCCCGGCGCUCAGAGGCAGUCGGGACCGCCUGGAGCACAUCGCAUCUCGCCCGCUGGAGCCGUAGGGGGGAGGAGCCAUCCUGACCAUGCCUGUGGAGAGGAGGGUGACAAGAAUGAGGACAGCCCCAGUCCAAAGCGUCAGAGGCUAUCUGGCCAAUCAGUGCUGGAUCUCUCCACGGUGGCCCUGCCCUCCACCCCCUCUCCACCAAUGAGGCCGUGGGAGCUGCCCCACAGUCGCAGGCCUCCCCCUAACCCCCACUACCACCAGGAGCGCUGCCAUACACCUGUCAGACACAGACACAGUCCUCCAGCGCGUCGCCAGCGCGGCCGUCUCUCCCGUACCCCCCGUCACCUCCCCCUCCCCCAGGACCAAAGCUACCGCCACCACUACCCUCACCCCCACCAGAGGGGCGUGGAGGAACCUCGAGCGUUCCACCCCCCCGCCCUGUCUCCACGGUUACUGCACCCUGCUGUCCAUCAUUCUCAUCAAGCAGCUCACCACCACACACAGCAGCAAGGAGCCAUGGUCAUGGAUCUACAUGAACAGCUCCAACAGGCCUCAGUCCCAGUCUCCUAUACGGUGACUCCUGUCCCUUCCCAUCAUGGUCUGGUAACUCCUCUGUAUACAGGACAGCACCUCCCUCCUGUCUGUUCCUCUCAACAACAGAUCCCAGCCUGCAGUGUGGUCUUCAGUACAGGACAACACUACCACCCUAUGCUGGGGGCGUGUUCAGUGCAGCAUUUACCUGUGCCCUACUCCUUUCCCUCCCUCCUCUCCAGUGAUCCCCCUUUCCUCCUCCCCCCUCCCCACCUCUCUCACCACCCCCCCCACCUCCCUCCACCUGGACACUUCCUUCCCUUCCCGACACAACAGUCCAGAUCGCCGUUGCAGAGGAUAGAGAACGAGGUGGAGCUGCUAGGAGAGCACCUGUCUGUGGGAGGGGGGUUUAACUACCCUCAUGGAGGACACCACCCCUCCUCCCUGCCCCCCUCCACACCCCUCCAGUUCCUGUCUCAUCACGACUCCCUGUCACAGGAGCUGUUUGGAGUGCCGUACCCCCACUUCAUGCCUCGGCGAAUCACAGGGCGUCGUUACCGCUCCCAGCAGACCGUUCCCCCGCCCCCCUACCACCCAGGCUUCCUGCCUUACUUCCUGUCAAUGCUUCCAGUGGGUCCUACAGUCGGUCCUACCAUCAGUCUAGAGUUAGAUGUGGAUGAUGGAGAGGUAGAGAACUAUGAAGCCCUGUUGAACCUAGCAGAGCGUCUGGGCGAGGCUAAACCCAGAGGACUGACCAAGGCUGACAUAGAACAGCUUCCCUCCUACCGCUUCAACCCAAACAACCACCAGUCAGAACAGACACUGUGCGUGGUGUGUAUGUGUGACUUUGAGUCUCGUCAGCUGCUAAGAGUCCUGCCCUGUAACCAUGAGUUCCACACCAAGUGUGUCGACAAGUGGCUGAAGGCUAACAGAACGUGUCCUAUCUGUCGGGCGGAUGCCUCCGAGGUCCAGCGGGAUUCUGAAUGACCUAUGACCUUGAGCCCCACAGAUCUAGGAUCCGCUCAGCCUCCCCACAUCCUAACCUGACGCAUUAGGAGGGAGGGAAACACAACAGACCUUAGAUCAGUGUCUAGGAGCAAUGUCCCCCCCCCCCUCCGCCAAGUGAACUCUUUAGGAAAUAGACUCUGCCUUCUUCCUAUGAUGAUGGUAUUCUAAUAAUGGCCUUUUGACUGACACACACACACACACACACACACACACACACACACACGUACAAGGGGCAGUUGGACUUUUUCCCCUUUGUACUGUCUUACCUUCCUGCGUCAUGAUUGGAGUUGUCUUCUGAACGCUGUGGAGACAGUGAUACAGUUAGACUGUGUUGUUGUCCUAACUAACCCAGUGGAGAAUAUGGAAGCCCAAAGAUUCUGACUAUUAUGACGUCAUCGUUGUUGUUGUUAAUAUUAAUAUUGUGGUCAGUGAUGAAUCAUUCAGAACCUGGAUUGAGAUGUGUGUUCACUAGUGGGGUUAUUUUGGUUUAUAAAGGCGCUUUUUCUUCAUUUACCUUUUUUAAGUGUUUGUGUGUGUGUGUGUGUGCUGUUGUACUCCUACAUGACACAUCUACAAUGUGUGUCCAACUGAAAUCGAGAGAGAAUGGAGGACAAUACAAUCUUUACAUUGUUGUUAGUAUUGGUUUAAGAUCUGGGUAGAGGAAGGUGUGCAGAAAUAUAGCCUUGUCAGUAAUUGGGAACUGGGGUAGUGUGUUUGUAUUUAGAACACCAAUGAUUACGUCGGUGUAUUAUUUAUGCAGUGCAGUACACUGGCCUCCUGCUCACACUGCCGUUUCCGCUCUGAUUGGUCGAUGCUGUGCACUGAGACAGGAAGUGUUUCAUGAGGAAGGGGAGGGGCUUACAGGGAGGAGAAGGGCAACAGAACCAGGGUAGUUGAGGAGGAAGGGGCGGGUCUUCUCUCAUCACUCCUCUCUGCAUCACUCUUUUUCCUCUCCCAGUCCAUCCCCCUCUCUCUCUCCUUUUCUGUUCACUCACUCCAUGUUUUCAGAGAGAUGGAUCAGCCUCCGUUAUCUCAGCUUACACACACACACACACGCAGCAAAGGAGUGUGUGUGCGCUGAUCUGAAUCGAUGCUAAACGUCCAACAUUUGUUUUAUUGGUCAGUUACUUAGGAAAAAUAUGAUAGUGGUUAAAUCUCAAAUGAAACCCUAUUCUAGCAUAUAUAUCUAUAUAUUGGUUCCAAGACAAAGUAAUGAACUAUCUAGAGAAUAAGGUGUCAUUCUGAGAUACAGCCAACGUUGUUCACUGGUCCUUCAGAUCACAUUGAGAUGGUGAGAUGAUCUGAAGUAUAGUUUUAAGGCACAAUAAUGAUGAUGAUGAUUUUAGUGUGGUAGCAUCACAGUUAGGGUUUCCUAACUCCUUGGUAAAAAGGGACAUAUGUUUUGCCUGUCGACCACGAGUGAAAAGAUCAGGGCCUGGUUUAACUCAUUCAUUCACAACCACAAUGACUUUUCUAUUCACUCUCCAUUCAUCCCCUCUUCCUCGUGUAGGAUGCUUCUCACACCCCCCCGUUUUCCACUGUGUCCUCUGUCUACCCAGUGUCUUUAGAAGUAGUCCUUAACUGCUGUCAUAAGCCCUACAUAAGGCUGUCUUAACAUGCACAAUGUCACCCUAUGUAAAGUUUAUGUCCUGGCUUCCUAGUGUCCUUCACCCACACGGUGUCACGAUUCGUGUUCAAUGUCAGGCUCACAGCAACCUUAAGUAGGCCUUACGACAGUUUUAUGUAGCCCUUACGACAGCUAGCAGAAGGGAAAGGUGUAUUAAACCAUGUCAGCCAGGCACCUGCAGUGUCUUAAUAUGUAAGAGAUGCCUUUUAAAACCCAGAUUUACCCUCCUUAAAGCCAUGUCACCAAUGGGUAUGUUAAUGUCCUUUAGAUCAGCGUUCAGCUGGGACAAGGUCUUCACCCUACAUGUUUAAAAUAAACCAUUCUCUCCAGUGUCCAAUGUUGUCAGCUCGGCGUUUAAAGGCUAAAAAGAGUUAUUGGCUGUAGCCAUGGCAACAGGGUUUGAAAAAGCUUCUGUUUUCCUGUUUUUGUUUCCUGGGUUAAAGGUGUUAUACUGUCGUCAUGGCGUCCAUUUUGUGUCAUAGGAUUCUAAUUAUUGUUAUUGUUUCUCCUGCUUGGUACACUACUAGCAGUUACCUCAUUGUCUCUUGAUGUAUAUUCAGAUACAAAUAUAGGACAUUCUGAAUUUUGCAUUUCAUAUUGUUUAUUUUUUCCUCUUACUAUUUGUCGUUGGGUUGUUUUAAAAAAAAAAAAUGGUUAUCAUUUAUUAAUAACAUGACGUCGGUAGCUGUCUUCUCCAUAAUGUAUCAUAUCUGUAACCAAAAUCAUUUGAAGGCUUGAUAUUGCAAAUUUUUAACAAACAUUUGUACAUUUUUAAUGAGAGUUAUUACUAGUAAGGCGUUACUAAGUGGUGAAAUGAAUUGUUAUUUUUAAUCCCUGUCCCCAGUCUUUUUGGAUUUCAAAGGCUGGUUCUAUAAUAAAUGUAGAAUUGCCAA